UCAGAAUACGUCUCACAUCUGCGACGACCAGCAUCCUUCGACCUCUACCCGACCCUCACCAGCUUCGCUCGAGCACCUCAGCUCGCCCUCGUCGCCGAGAUGCCGCGGCGACGGGGGCUAUCCUGAAACGGCUCUCGAGAACUGGUCUCGAGUUCGCAAAUGGGUACGAGGGAUCCCGGCUGAGGUUCCUACGGCGGCCCAGCAAUUGGCUGGCGCACCCCCAUCAUGACAGAGUUGCCUCAGUUUGUCAGGAACUCACACUGCUCGCCCUCCAGAUGCAUCACCGGCACCCCGGGCACUCAUCUUAGGCCGUCCCGUGGCAUGAGCGCUAAUCCCCGACAGCCCUACACCCACCUGCUCCACCGCGCGAUGUCCCUCUUUGGGCGAACGCCUCUCCUCCAGGUUGGCGUCGUUCCAGAUCUCUGGCGGCCAAGGCGCCUCCCGAUGCUGUUCUCAAACUCUCUGCCCCAAAGUGGUUCCUCUGCGCCCGCUUCGCACAUGUCUAUCCUGCCCGUCGUCACCCUCGGAAGCUUCCAACCCGCCUCUCAUUAUAUACGCAGAUACCCUCGAACUACGUUUGUUCUUACUUUGGCCUCGUCACUCUUUCGGAACCACGCCCUAUUUUUACCAUUCAUUCUUUUCUAUUUGGAGCGGGCUCCUUACCGCGCUGGCAGCGAGGGAGACAUUGUUCUCCGUACACUCUUUUGAUCGGGCGGCAGGCUUUCUUUUCUCGCCACGCCAUCAUCAUCACUUUAUAGUCGCACGACAGUAUCGACUAGCUACAUUCCUUUGACCAGACAUAGUUCGUUCGCUUUCACAAAGA